AUGUCGGUUAUGCUGCAUAUCCUGGCAGACAAGUUUGAGUUGUGCCUCGCUAGUUCCAAACUAAAGGAGUUGUUCCCAAAAGAGGGAGAAAAACUGCCUCCAGCACUGGAACAUGACCCUACACUAAAAAAAGAACUGACUCAGCUGAAUCGCCGGUCCAGUCAGUUCCGUCAGCUUACCCUUGACCUGAUACUGGACCGUGAGAGACGAGAGAUGUACCUCCAGAGUGAGAUGGAAGAGGAGUAUGGAGCUGAGUUCUCUCUCACCUUAAAUGACCUCGUGGCCAAGUUCGUUCAGACAGUUGAGGACUAUCUGCCCAUCCCUGUCAUUGAAGAGAUCAGCUCAAAUGAACAGUACCUAAGCCCUACUGAUGAUUGCUCUCCUGCUGUGUCUAGUCUUCUGGCAGUCCUGGAAGUUACGAAUGGCAAUCCCAGCACUGCAGAUCUCAUAACAUUGGUACAUGAACUUGAAACUGUAAGCACAACAAGGACCAGGAAACAAAACUGUUUACCUAGUAGUAGUAGAUAUCAGGCAAAACUGCCCUCAACUUUCAAAAGUCCCCAAACAAAGGAGAAGACAAUCAAAACAGACAGAAGUUCUCCAAUGAUACCACACGGUGAUUCUGUAGAAAAAGACAGUGCUGCACAGGAGUCAACUUCCACAGGAAGCUCUGUGUCGCAAACAACAGUAUGUUCUGGGGGAACCCAUACUACUUUGUCAGAUUCAAGUGAUGUGGAAAUAGUGGAAGUAUCCAGUGAGUCAAAUUCUGAAUGCUCACUUAGAGGCAAAAAGGCAACAAGACUUCUAAAAGAGAUGGAUACGAGAAAUGUUAGAAGAGUAAAAACUUCGCUACGUAACAAGUCAAGUGUAUGCACCAGAGCAAAAGGAUUGGAUGCUGGCAACAGUACAACAAAAGGAAAAGAGUUAAAGAAAGUGAAAGCUAAAUCACCACUGUCAUGGAAUUCGUGGGAGAACACCUUAAGAAAUGAUCUUAUCGGCAGCAAGUCAAAAGGAAAUAAGAAGAUAACUGACUUUAAAAGUUUCUCUGUAGACAAACAGGAGAUGAAAGAAAUGACAGAAGAUACCGAUGAUGAAACACAGUGCAGUAAAGAAAGUAGUGCAGGGAGAAACUCAGCACAUGAUGACAAGAUAGGAGCAGAGGAAAGGACAGUCAGAAAUGAAGAAGACCCUGGAAGUGAUCAGGACCAUAUUUCUUCUCCUUUGGUCAUUACAUUAGAUAGUAGUAUUGACUCUGAUACGAGUAUUACCUCUCCUCUUCUUCUCGAAAACUUGGAGGAACAAUCUCUCUGGAAGAUGAAGAGGCAGAGGGAAGAGGAGCAACUUUCAACGGAACAUUCCAGAAAGAAAAGACGGAAGCUGGAUUUUCAAGAAAAAUCAUCGUCAGACAAUCAAGUUCCAGUAGCUGACUUGCAGGAAACAUCAAAAGUUGACAAAGUUCAACUUGAGGAAGAAAGUUGUCAGCAUCCAGAGAGGGAAAGUACCACAGAAGAAGUAGCCAACCAAUCAAGUUGUUCUGGGGAACUUGCAACUGAUGACAAAGUAGAUAAGUCAGAAGAUGAAGACACUUAUGCAGAAAGUGGACCAUCAAGCCAAGUCAACAUCUCUCUAAAUGCUGAGGGGCACAGCAUUGAGGUCCUACAAGAGACGGCUAAAGAAUCUACAAGUCCGUGCUCUGUCGUCGGCUCACAAGGUGGCACUCAGCCUUUCUCUCCUAUCCGUGCAAGAAGCUACACAACAUGA